AUUUUUUUUAACGUUUAUUUAUUUUUGAGACAGAGAGAGACAGAGCAUGAACGGGGGAGGGUCAGAGAGAGGGAGACACAGAAUCUGAAACAGGCUCCAGGCUCUGAGCUGUCAGCACAGAGCCCGACGCAGGGCUCGAACUCACGGGCCGCGAGAUCAUGCCCUGAGCUGAAGUGGGCCACUCAACCGACUGAGCCACCCAGGCGCCUCCCAAAUGUUUUUAAACAAUGAAGUUAUGUAUUUACUAAACAUAAAUGUAGCACUUAUUGUGUUUUACAUAAAUUCAUUUAUAUUCAUUUAUUCCUAUAAUAAACUAAUGAGGAGAGUAUUAUUGUUGGCCCCAUUUUACAGAAGAAGAACAUGAAUCACAAAGAAUUUAAGAAAUUAAUGUCACAAACUAGGAAACAGAGUUGGGCUUCAGUCCCAAAUCCAUGUAGCUCACAUUGCUGAUAUGCUACACUAUUGCUGUAAUGUUAAUUUUUCCAAUAGAAUCACUAAGAAAGGAGUUGCAUGCUUGUACCUUUGAGCCAAAUCCAUCCUUUCCAGUUUUCAUACAGUCUGUAAACUAUAUUAUUUGAUAUAUGAAAAACAGUGAAAGAGCAUAUAUUAUGGCACAUGAAAAUUACAUGAAAUUGAAAGUUUAGUGUCCACAAAUAAAAUGUUAUUAGAACACAUUUGAGUACACUGGUUUUUGUACUGUCCAUGCUGCUUUGGCAAUGGCCACAAAGCCCAAAAUAUUUGCUAUCUGACCCUUUAUAGAAAGUGUUUACUGAAACCUGACUUAGAAAAAUUGUAAUUCUCCGGAUGCUUAGGUUCUGACACAUUUCUCAAAAGAGAUUGCAAAUAAAUCCCCUUGAAUUAAUUUACAUUAAAUUAAAUUCUUAUUUCAAAUUCUUUUAAAUUACAUUAAUAACCAUGCAUAUAGUAGCACAUAUCCAGUCAUUCUUUAACAAACGUUUAAUUCAAAUAUGCCAGACACCGCCUGUAGAAAAUUUUAAAAACACAGGGAAGUAUAAAGAGUAAAAUAAAAACCUUUAUUAAUAUCCUUUACAGUCAGUUCUCAUGCUCCCCAAAACCAUCUAUGUAGUGCUUUGCAUACCAUUAAGAGAUCCAUAAAUCUUUAUUAGUAAUUAAUUUUGGGGUAUUUUACACAUAGAAUGUGUUUCCCGUUAGGUGCUGAAUGGCUCCAUAUGCUUAUAAAGAGAUAAAAGGAAAUCAUGCAGAGACAGCUUUCCGAUGAAAUAAAUAAAUAAAUAAAACACUAAAUGCAACUAGAAAGAGUUCAUGGAGCAUUGUGGUUGAGGGCAGGUCAUGGAGCCAGACUGUCUGCCUUCAAAUCUUGCUACACUGUUUACUUCCCGCCCAAGCUACAUGCAGAAGCGCUCAGUUGGAUGGUUCACUUACUCUCCCUGGCUUCAGUUUCCUCAUCUGUAGAUGCAUGUGUUUUAGACAAAAGGAUCUGUAAGGUGUCAAGGAUUUUAUGAACACAUAAGUUUGAAAAAAGGAACAGAUAUGACGGGUUUCAAUUUUUAACAUUUUUAUUGAGACACUGUUUGGUGUGGUGUAAGAUACCAAGCAGAUAAGAAUGAGGUCAAAUAAAUAUUUACUGCUGGCUAAACAUUAACCUUGCUUGGUAAUAUUAGAUGAAUUAUCUUAUCCUUCCUUUAAAAAUAGAACAUUCACUCCUGUGGAUAAGCGUAUCAGUCCCUUUAUUUUUCAAAGUAAACUGAUAAGUAUAUAAUAGUAAAGAUAAGUUGAUACCUAAACAAAUUGCCUAGAACUGUAGUUAAAGCUGAGUGAUUUUUGUAUUAAAUCAAAAUAUCUGGAAAUAUCCAUUUUAUUCUUUAAUUCAAAACAUGAUUGAUUUAGAGAUAUGUAGAGAUGGGCAAUAGCCCACUUAAGAUAAAUAUUUUUCAUCUAGAGUUUUAAUUUAGGAUAUUAUACAGUUUUCAUUUCCCAGAUGAUGCUACUCUUCCUUCUUACCUGUCCUUAACAUAGACCACUUUCUCCUGAAGGGUGAUUAGAGGCGGCUUUGCUCUUUAAGGCUGCAACCCAGACAGGUUAUAGAAGUUAAGCCAUGGGAGGCUUGCCCUGUUCGGUUCUUAGGAGAGUAACUCCCAGGGAGGGACAAGGAGAGGAAAGGGGCAUUCUGGUGAGGGGUUGCAGAGCAUCUAAAAAAUUUCGUUGCCAACUAAAUAUGUGGUAUUUCUUCUGAGUCGGGGAAAUAUGUUUGAUUUUAUACUUAAUACCUAUAAAAAGUCUUACAACCUUUUAUUGCUUAUUUACUUAAAAUAACAAAGGAUUAUUUUUCUAAAGCCCCUUCUAACUCUAAUGUCCUGUACUACAUAGCCAGUGGCACAAUUCUUGAUUUACUCAAAACUGGUUGAGAGUGAAAUAGGCUAAAUAGGUUUGUCUGUGGACACAUGCUUCUCCACAUUUCAGCCUCUUGAGAUUCUGCCCUCCAGCCAUAUUGAAUUUCUUUUUGUUUCUGUAAUUGGCUGUGCUCUUUUAUUCCAGACCUUCAAACAAUAUGUUUACUCUGCCUAAAAACUCAUUCCCUACGUCUUUGCUUGGCUAAUUACUACUGAUUAAAAUUCCUUCAUUUGACAUAGUUACUGGUGCCUUAUACAUACCAACUUCCUUCCAGGCUUUCCUUAAGUAAACUUUUUCUAGAAGUUUCCUGGCCCUUUUAACUAGUUAGAUGCUUUUGCCGCAUGCUCCCAUAGCAACCUGUACUUCUAUCAUAGCCCUUAGAAUACUUUAUUGUCUGUCAUUGCCAAUUCCAUUGUCUAAUAGACUUGACUGUGAGCUUUAGUGGAAGCAGAGAAUCAUCUCCACCUAUGUCUAUGCCUGGGGCCCAACAUAGUAUUUGGCAUCAAGCAGCUGAUAAAAGAUUCACAUUGGGUGAAUGCCAAAAUAAUUAUCAGAGUUUUUAGUAUACACAUGCAUGUAAAUAGAAGUCCUUUAGAAGUAAAAAAAAAAGAAAAAAAAAGAAAAGAAAAAAGAAAAUUUAAAUAAACUUGUUUGGUUUGAAAUUCACUUACGCACCAAGUCCAUUAGCCCCUUUCAGUUUGCCGAAUGCCACUAAUAUUUAGCUCACUGAUAAAGCUCAGAAAUGUAGAAAAUGAGAAGUUUUGGGGUCCCCGGGUGGCUCAGUUGGUUAAGCCUUCAACUACAGCUCAGGUCAUGAUCUCGCAGUUUGUUAGUUCAAGUACCACAUCGAGCUCUGUGCUGACAACUUAGAGCCUGGAGCCUGGUUUGGAUUCUCUGAUUCCCUCUCUCUCUGCCCCUCCCCCACUUGUGCUCUGUCUCCCUCUGUCUCUCGAAAAAAUAAACAAACGUUAAAAUUUAAAAAAUAAAAAUAAAACUAAAGAUAAUGAGAGGUUUAAAAUCAAUGAUUAUUCUCAUUUCAAAAGAAAUAAGACAUCAUUAGAAGGGUUGCAUUUACAAUCAUCACAUAGCUGCAUGAUCAGUCAAAAAUGUAUUAUUUUUGGAAGACUGAGGCUACCCGGUGAGGCUCUCCAGGUUGCUCUGUCCACCGAUUUAUGAUUUUCUGCCGUAUCUUUACAAAAAUGGCAACUAAUGGUGCUGUUCUGAAGAGACUGGAACAGAAGGGUGCAGAGGCAGAUCAAAUUAUUGAAUAUUUAAAGCAGCAAGUUGCUCUUCUUAAGGAGAAAGCAAUUUUGCAGGCAACUUUGAGAGAAGAGAAGAAACUUCCAGUUGAAAAUGCUAAAUUAAAGAAAGAAAUUGAAGAAUUGAAACAAGAGCUAGUUCAGACAGAAAUUCAAAAUGGAGUGAAACAAAUACCAUUCCCAUCUGGUACUCUACUGCAAGCUAAUUCCACGGUUUCCGAAAAAGUGAUACAGUCUAUACCAAUAAGAACUGUAUCUUCUGGUGCCAAAGAACAGAUAACAGGAGGAAGAGCGGAAGAAAAGGUGAAAGAGAAAAUUGAAAGGAAAGAGAAAAAGGAGAAAAAACAAUCAAUAGCAGGAAGUGCUGACUCUAAGCCGAUAGACGUUUCUCGUCUAGAUCUUGGAGUUGGUUGUGUCAUUACUGCCAGAAAACAUCCUGAUGCAGAUUCUUUACAUGUAGAAGAAGUAGAUGUUGGAGAAACAGCCCCAAGAACAGUUGUCAGUGGCCUGGUGAAUCAUGUUGCUCUUGAACAGAUGCAAAAUAGGAUGGUGAUUUUACUUUGUAACCUGAAACCUGCAAAGAUGGGGGGAGUAAUAUCUCAGGCAAUGGUAAUGUGUGCUAGUUCACCUGAGAAUGUUGAAAUCUUGGCACCUCCUACUGGAUCUGUUCCUGGAGACAGAAUUGUUUUUGAUGCUUUUCCUGGAGAGGCUGACAAGGAGCUAAAUCCUAAGAAGAAGAUUUGGGAGCAGAUCCAGCCAGAUCUCUGCACUAAUGAUGAGUGUGUGGCUACAUACAAAGGAGUUCCCUUUGGCGUGAAAGGGAAGGGAGUGUGUAGGGCUCAAACUAUGACCAACAUCAGAAUAGUGUCGAGUAACUCAACUCAGUGGGUCUCACUGGGUCAAGAUUCUUUACCUAUUAAAUGUGCUGAUUUCAGGGCUGUUUGGUGGGGGUUCUUUGUGUCAGCAAACUAUUAAUAGGAUGAGGGGGAAAGAUUUGGUGGAAACCAUCAGUGACAAAAACAAGUAGCUCAUGAGUCUUUUAGAUGCUUCACAAUCUUGCACUGUGAUCUACUAGUUUUUGGUUUUGGUAGAUUAAAAUGUUUUUGAUGAGCUAUUUAAGGACUUUGAAGUCCAGUGAGGAUUUCUAGGACUUGGCUAAAGGAAUCCACUAAAUUUCAUGCUUUUAAGUUCAAGGAUGGCAUCUUCUGUUUGAACUUUUAGUCCCUACCAUAGAGACUGGCAUACGGUAAGAACUUCAGUUUUUUUCAAUGAAUCAGUAAAAAGGGAUAGAAACUAGAGUGUGUAAGUAGGGUAUACAGACAAGGAGUGGCAUAUAUUUGUGUGUAUCAAAUCUAUAUCCUUUAUUUUUUU